AGCGAAGAGAUGCCAAAGAGCAGCGAGAGUAAGAGUUGUAUAAAGAAGUCAAUGGAAACGAGUAGGAGCGCGCUGGCUUCUAACUUCUUACACGUACGAUCGUAUUAUGCUCCCCACAGACUAUGCUAGUAUGUAUGGCGAGUAUCAACAGAUCUACUGAGUAGCCAGUAUACUUUAAGUCGUCGGUGAGCAAGGCUCAUAUUAUGUGACGGUGUUUGGCAAAGAAAUUACAUUUCAAGUGGAAGUUGCGCUUUUCUUUGUUAAUAUUUAUCAUAAUUGGAGUAGAAUUUCAUUAAUUUAUUUACAAAAGUUGUGCAAUUGGUUAUUGUGUGAGUGCCUGCACCGUUGCACCUGGUAAUUCGUGGAAUUUUUCGCAAGAGUUCAACUUCAAUAAUACUUGUGCGUGCCUGGUUCGUCACGGCUGCUCCCAUAGAGUCAUUGUUACGACUUGGGAACACGUUCGAAAGCCAGUAAAAUAAAUUGUUGUGUGGUUUUAAUGAAAGGGUCAAACCGGUUUAAUGCCACAAUGGACGCAAACAACCGUGUGGGAGCAUGCUAGUGCCAGAGCAACGUAAGAUCAACAAACAUUUUAGAAUUGGAGUAUUAAGUGCAGGAGUGCAAUGAAAUUAUAAUUAUGUAUAUAUAACGCAUAUGUAUGAAUUGUGAAUUUGUGUUCUUCUGAAAGUUAUGUGGUGAAUACAUAAGUGCGCUUCUUUUAGUUUUGUCAAUUGAAACGAGAUAUUCAGUCGCCAAUUAUAGCAUACGAGUAUGUCAACCAAAGGCUCUUAUAGUACAAAACAUGGCUUCUAAUGAUUUAAAUACAAACUCAGCGAAUCAACAACACCGACCAAUCGAUGAAUUGGAUUUGGAGUUGCGACAACAUGCGUCCACCAGUCAUUCUUACCCGUCGAAUAUCGUAAACGCAUCCAAUCAUCACCUCUCCAGUGGCAGUUUGGCAGAAAAUAGCGCAUCCUCAGUGGGCACGCAACAGCAUCAAUACCAUUACAUACAAUAUCCGCCAUAUUACUAUCACAUAGGUGGACAGGCGUAUCGAACGCAGCAGCAACAGCAACAACAACAGGCACAAUUUUUGCAUGCGCAACAACUGACUGGACUGCCGGAAGUCACCUGUCAUUGUCAUUGCUCGUGCGGUGCCCAGCAGCAGCAACAACAAUUGUGGAAUCAAAGACAAUAUCAGCAGCAAAAUAUUUCGGCCUCCACGGCUACGAUCGGCCAGCGGCAAAAUGAGGAGGACUCCAGUAAAAUUGUGGUGCAGGUGCAUUGUCAAUCAAAUGAUGACGCGGAUUGUGAACGCGAUCGCGAACGCAACACGCAGCCACCCACCAAAGCGCAAUCGGAGCAAUCAUUAUUAAAUCACUCGUACCAAACAUUGCAACUGCAAUCGGGUACGGAGGAGAAACCCUUGAAUGUGCUGCAUAGCUCCCAGUUAAAUGUCAGCUGUGAUUGUGAUUUGGAAUGUACUUGUGGUGCGGAAAGGUUGCGUGGGACCGCCGGUGAAGCGGCCGCUAUGCAUACUAAAACGGCUGCGAGCGAUGACAAUUUGGACACAGAUGUUUUGGACAAUCCAUCGCCUUUGAAAAACCAUAAGCAAUGCCAGCUGGAAGCCAUGCUAGGUGCUGAUGAGAUCACGGUCAGCGAGUCGGACAACAAUAGUACUAUGAUUAAGAAGAAGAAGAAAACGGGUGGUGCUUGCAAGCACGCCAACAACGAGAUGAACUCUUGGUGCCAUAUGCAAGACCAGAAUUCAGCGCUGGCGACUGAUAAAAGCUGUGAUUGCCAUUACAAUUCUAGCCAUAUAGAAAUCUACAGCGAUGGCGAUAGCAAAGUGGGCCAUGACUCUAUUGAUGAUCAGCGGCCACCACUGCCUCCGCGUCCACCACCUCCUCCUCGAUUGCGUAAUGCAACAAUAACCGGAAAUGGCCCUCAUCGUCAUGGUCCGGGUAUAAAGAAAUACGUUGUGUGGUGCCUCAUCUGUGGCGGUUUUUCGUGCCUGCUAGGCAUUUUAUUUCUGGGUGUUUACUUCCUAUUGCACUCGUACACUAUUACCGUUGGAAAUUUCGAAACGGUACCCACUUUUGUGCCAGCAACAAUGUUGAUCUUAACUGGAGUCUGCAUAAUAUGCUUGGCGCGCCGGCGAAAUCGAUACAGUUAUUUGAUUAAACUUUCCGGUGUUUGUGGACUAAUAUCCGCAUUGACAUGUGCGCUUGUUACCGUCACAACAACCGUGCUGCACAUGAGCCGUUUGCAGGCUCUGCGUGAGUGUGAAUAUGCACAAAAGACACGAACUUGCACUUGUUAUUCCGAUAUGAUCGAGUCCCAAGUGGAUCGAGUGGACAAAGGUGUUCGCCUAGUGUUUGAUUCACUGUCUGAUUGUGGAGUAGUACAUGGCUUUCUCUAUUCUUGUUUACGCGCUAUAUUUGGGCUCUCUGUGGCAGGCGUUUUGGUUGCCGUAUUUAGCUGUAUGCUCGUCUAUCAGCUACUCAGUCAUGAGCGGAAAAAGAUGUAUUGGGAGCAAUUGGAGUUGCGUUGCCGCUCGCUAUAUACCAGCCAGCAAGGUCCACCGCCAAAUAUGACCGCGAUGGGCGGUGGUCGCGGACCGGUUUGUCGUUGUUGUGAACAAUGUCAUCUGCAUCGGCAAGUACCGCUACCAGCAACAGCAUAUCCUUGGGAUGAUAACGGCGAACCACGGUUCUGGACAGGACAACCGCCAGGCAAUUUUUACUCACCAAAUCCGGGUGGCGAUGAUUUGCAUAUGGGCAAUUCAGGCACAACAUGCCGGGGUCAUGGUGGUGCCUCUGGCGCACGUAGUCGCACGACUGGUUGGAGUUGGCCGCGUAUGCCUUGGCAAAGAAAUUCUCCCGUGCCCAAUGCAAGGCAGUUUCGUCAAACACCGUCAAGCCCAGAUUCACAGUAUGGUUUCACAAAUAAUGCACCCGUGGUCACGGAUAAUAUGAUGACUGAAUCCGAUGCUGCACAAGGCGUGACGCAUAAUACAACGGCGCCCGCCUUUAAUGUUGUUGGUGGGGCAUUGCCUUACGGAGUUUGGGGUCCACCACCGCCAUACAGUGAUCCCAAUAGUCCCGCACGUCGUGGAUACUAUCAAUAUAUACAACCGAAUCCGUGUGGCAAUAACAUAACUAUUGCCAACAAUAUCAAUCACAGCAAUAACAAUAUGUCCGCUGAAAAUAUCGUUGGUGAGUCUACUGAACAGCGCAUGCCUUGCCUAAAUCAUCGUUCAGUUUUCUUGGAACAACAACCACAUCAAGUUAACAAUGUCAACAAUUGCUGUCCAUCCGCCAGUAUGCGUCGUAAUUUGGCAAAACGUCGUACAACCGGCGGUGCCGGUGGCGGUAGUGGCAGCGGUGGUGAAGAUACUAUGAAGUCAAAGUCAGGUGGUGGUGAAUAUGAGAAUACCCCUUCAGAAAGUGAUGGAUGCAACAUGCGAGAUCGCUUUUCCAAUACUUUGCCUACACGAAAGGUCAAAAAACGAAACGACAAUAAUGCCAAAGCCAACAUUAUUGGUAAUGUAAAUCCUCAGCCAGCUCCACGACUUGCCUUGCAACAGGCCAACUCUAAUAACGACACAAGCUGUGCUAACGAGGUGUCAGAGUCAACUCUUGGCGAUAAUGAAUGCAUGGAGGAGAUCAAUGCCAGUUUGUGUAAUGAAGAGAUCAAUAUGGCUACGCCAGGUGGUCGUACAUCCACACGUGUCAGCACCAGAACAACUCUGCGUCGUAAUUGUGGAAUUGAAAACAAUGGUUUCCAAUCGAAUAGUGAGGUAGGCGCUGUAACCCAACCUAUGGCCGCUGUAGAGUCUGAUGCACUUGUGAUAGCUGCAGAUAUGCAUGCUACCGGUGAUCCCGCCGAGUCAGAAGUGUAUUUUGCCGACGUUAGCAGUUGUUGCAAUAUGUCGCUAAAAAACGAUAACUAUUACGAUGAGGCGCACCAGACUACCCAUCACCAUCAGCAUCAGAACAGCAAUUGUAGUCAAAAUAGUAGUAGUACCAAUGAGGAUUAUCUGGCACAACGUUUUGGUCAACGAGAAAAUUCGAUACGGAGUCGUCUUCCAUUUCCACAGACGCGUAGCAAUGACUACGAGGAAAACUUGAAUACACACAAUACGAAAGACAUUAGUGGCAAUGUUACACCAGUUAACCAAAUGCAAAAAGAAAUUUCACGCCAAAGCAUGUGUUCUGUUGAGUCCGAAGCUCAGACUGAAUGCACCGACUUAUCGCCGGCCACACCGUGUAGCAAUAAGUUUGGUCAAACUAAUUUUGAAGGCGGUAAAAUCAAACCUAAUAAUGAUGGUAGUGAGAAUACGCUGCAACCACGCUCAACUGGUGUACCGUUGCCCAACUUCGUAGCGAAGUUUCCUUACUCUUCGGAAUCACAAAGUUUGGAAGCACAUCGACGCUCUACAAAAGACAUACACGAUCUGAUACUCUCAUCAGAGGCACACUACGAGGUGAUUAAUGACAAUCCGCAACCGACGCUGCCUUGUCAAUUCACCGCACAACAACAAAAUACGCGUAUUAACAAACCGCAGCCACAGCGUCCCACAAAUCUUUCGUCUAGCAAAACAAAAACGAAACAUGGCAUCAAAACACGCGACCGCAUAGAAGUAAAUGUGCUGCCUAAUGAACGAGACUGGAGCAAAGGGCCAGGUUUAGGUGGCGGUGGUUGUGGCAAUAACGAACGGAAAUGCUUGUGAGAAGAAGUUUUCGUAUAAAACGAGGUUUAGGAAAAGUAUAUGUAUAAUAAGAUUAGAUCUGAAAGCUGAAAAUGUUUCUUCAAUUUUGUGAGAACAAAAGGUGCAUGUAAUUGCUAAUAUAUAUACUUUAGAGAAUGAUAUAGAAUAUACAUAUGUAUACAUAGCAUUUUUGAAACUCAUCUGCUCUACAGCUUUAAAAUUAUCCAUUAUUUACUGUACGAAGGGCAGUCCAUGUGAGAUAAAAGCUGAAAUUUAUGAAAGGAGCAGUGUUUCUUUACUUAAACAUUAGGUUUGUGAUUAUUUUUGAAAUAAUUGCCAAGAAAAUAUAUUUUAAUUUUUUGAUAAGGAAAUGUUCGAUUUUAGGUCAUAAAAGGCAUUUUUUCCCAUAAAUGUUGAGUGUUCAUAUUAGAAAUUUCAAUUACCAAAAGUCAACCACACUUAUACAUAUAUGGUGCAUAAGAAGUUGUAAGUUGAAAAGUUGUUCAGUUAUUCCUUUCGUAAGCUGAAAAUGGAAAACUUAAAGUUCUUUCGACCAAAAGUAUGCCAUUGUGUUGAAUUUUUUCUUGUUAUGUACAUACUUAUCAACAGAAUUUUUUUUUAAACUGAUGAAUUCAUACCCGGAACAACGAAUGAAAAAAUCGAAAAUUCCAAUGGAUUUAAAAAGUCGUUUCUAUAAGCCAGAAAAUAUUUAUUUUUAUAAAGGAUACCUGAUGAUUUUCUAGAAGACACAUCAUUCAGAUUUUCUCAUACCAUUGAAAUAUAUAUUUAAAUAUAUGAAAAUCUAUUUCAAUUGAUUUUUUAAAACCCGAGCACUUCCAAAAGGAACAUUAUUUUGUUAACUCUUCCGUUCGUUAUUGGCGUCCAUUACAUGAUCACUUCAGCCGUCCAUCAGCUCCCAACGUUUCAGUGCUAAACUUGCCAUAUAAAGAUAAUUGUUUAAUGGUCUCAAAUGCUCAUAUCUAAACUUAUUAAUAUGUGUAAGGUAUACACAUACUAUAUGCUAUACAUAAUAAUUAUAUAUCAGCCACAAAACAUAUUAAAAUAUAUUUCAUUUUUGAUUUUCGAAAUGUCUAUACACAUAUCGUCACUUAAAUUGCAAAGAAAGUCUCAUAAAAAAAUUCGAAAUUCAGUUUUUUAUUGUUUACGAUUCAACUUUUAAGCUUCCGCUGCCCAAUACUAUACCCAAUAUAUAAUCAUUUUGUAACCAAAACACGCAUUUUGUUUUGUUUGGUUUCUAUUAUAUCGUUUUUCCCUCACUUGUAAACUUAGGAAAAGUGAUGUUACGUUGUUUUGCAUUUUAGGUGACGAUAUAUUUACGCCUCACUGACUAUAUAUUUGUAUAUACUUACCUAUUUAUGUACGAUUUUAUAUAAGUUCGCCAAGCCACAUACACAUAAAUAUACAAAUUUAUUAUUUAUCAAAUAAACAAUUUACUCUACUACUACAUUGAUGUAUUGUAUGUUUCAAGAAGUAACUUCGGUGUCUAUAAAUUUAAAUUAAUAAAACUUACAGAACUGAUUUUUCGCAUACUCAAUAUAUAAUAAAUAUAUACAUCCUGUACAUUAUACAUAUUAAGUAUGUAUCGAAUAUAAUUGAUAAUUAUUUAGUGUUAUGCAUAGACAAUAUAUAAAGUUAUAUAUAUUUGUGUAUGUACGUAUUAGUUGUGUACACAAGAUUUGAUUUUAUUGAAUUAGAAAAUAUACAAGCUCGCACACUAACACACUUACAAACAUACAUAUACAUAUAUAAUGUUAAAAAUGGUAUUCAUAAUAUAUAAAUAUAAUAUAAAUAAAUAAAUAUAAUUAAUUAAAUAAGAGCAUACUUGUACGUGUAAAGGUGUUGGUUCGGUUAUGUUUGAGCAAAAUUAGCUGCUUUUAUAUGUUUAUAUAAAUGAAUUGUUAAUUUUAAGUUUAAUUUGUUAAUUUACUUAAGGUGACCCAUAAGUUUACGUUUUACUACAAGAAGCUGUAUUCAUAAAUAAUAAAUGCCGGCGCAUAUAUAUUAUACAUACAUACAUUAAAUAAAAUUAAUAUAUGAUAAAUAUUAAAUAUCAAAGUAUAAAGAUUUUUGAUUCUAAUUAUAAAUUGUUGUUUGUAACGAAUUGCAAUUAUCUUACUCUAAGUAUGUAGUUAAAUGCAUAUAAAUAAAUGUAUGUACAUAUGUAGACUGUUAGCAUUUGAAUUUGUUAUACACAUUAUAUCUACUAUAGCUAAAGUAAAAUAUACUGCUGAGAGUAUGUCUAAAAAAUACAUUAACAAUAAAUAAAAAUCCAAAUACUAUAAAUCAAUGCGAAAAAUACAAAAUUUUAUUUAGAAUUCGGAAGAAAUCAAUAAGUUAGGUUUGUAUUAUUAUGUUUUUAUUCAUUUUCAGCACUGCUUUGUCUUCUCCUUUACUGGCGUAGACGCCGCUUACGGAGUUAUAGCCGAG